GCUCGACCUGAGAAAGCUUCAUUACUCUUUCAGACUUGUACUGAGUAUCAUCUUUAGUUUUUACAUUAUUUCUGAUUAAAUUUAUUCUUGGAUAUAUUGUUUGUCUAUAACAUAUUUUUUUAAAUUUUUUAUUUAUUUAUUUGAAUAUAAAUACUUAUGACUUAUUACAACGAGUAAUUUUGUGGUGAAAAGUGAACUUAUAAUUUAUAAUAAUUGACUUUAAUUUAAUUAACAUGAAUUCUAAUAAUGUGCCACUGUCACCACCAGCAUCACCUCAGCUUAAAUAUAUUCAUAAUGAACCGCUUCAAUCGUCCUUCAGUGUCGCAGCAUUACUUGGUGAAAAAUUAUUACAAAACGAUUCGUUAAAUCGUGGUAAUAAAAAACACGAUGAUGCCCAUCCCAACCUUCCACCCACGCCCCAACCGUCGGACACAGAGGAAGACGAGCAGCCCCCACGCAAACGCAGCAAAUGCACUGAUCAGCAAUGUGGAGAAUUAGCAAAGUUAUUAUUGGAUGGAACGCCUCCGCCAAGUCCAGAGCCAGCUCGUGCUUCAGUAAUAAUGCGCGCAAAUCGGGACGGUACCUACAGUCCAGCAAAUUUAGCGGGUAUACAGAAAAUGUACACUUGUGGUGUAUCACCAGUAGCUGUGUGUUCAAAAGCACCAAGGCCAGUAGUUUUAGAAAAACCAGUUGUCGAGACAGAAAAUAUUCUCAAGACUCUCAAGUUCAAGAUGAGCCUCCGCAAAGAAGAGAUUAUAGUUAACAGCAAGAACACAGACCGUGAGAGUCAAUGCCAGAAGUUACAACCUCUUGCUCCAAAACCACCCUCUAUUACAAUGGUUGCUGGUAUCUUAGGAACACCCUUAGUCUUACCAACAUCAACAACUCCACUUCUCUUUGUUACAUCGCCGACAAUAACAACAACUAACUCUUCAACCCCCGGUAGUCUAGACUCUGGAGCACGUAGACGAGUUUAUGAAUGCGAGUAUCCGGGUUGUGGUAAAAACUACUUCAAGUCAUCACAUCUAAAAGCUCACAAGAGAACUCACACGGGUGAGCGACCCUUUCCAUGUCCUUAUGAUGAUUGUGGAAGGAGGUUUUCACGAAGUGAUGAAUUGUCGCGACACAAAAGAACUCAUACUGGUGAAAAAAAGUUCGUAUGUUCUGUUUGUCAAAGGCGAUUUAUGAGAAGUGACCAUUUAGCUAAACAUGUUAAGCGUCAUACUAAAGACAGAAAUUCAUCAUCAACUGCACUGACAUCAUCAUCAUCAUCAACAUCUGUCCAUCAUCAAUCUUCGAUAACACCUGCACCGCUAAGAAUAAAUUUACUUCCAGUAAUAGCACCGCGAUUGCAAAAAAAUAAUUCACAGACAUUCAUUUCACAAAGUCUUUGAUGUAAAAUUUGUAUUUAUUUUUUCCUGAUUAUUACUAAACAAGAUAACUGAUUUAAAAAAGUGUGGAAAAAAAACGAAAUGAGGUAGAGUAAAAUCAAGAGCAAGUUUAAAGAACUUUUCUUAUCUCAUCUCACUGUUAUUGAUCAGUUAGAGUUCGGCGUAGACGUUAACUAUAUAUUCUUCUAGUCGAGGGCAGACAUCAGACUGCAAAAGGUCUUAUUUUUUAAAUUAAUAAUAAUAAUACUACACUGUAAAAAAUUUUUUACCCGGUAUAGGGUAAAUGUCUCGGUGUAAAAAUUUAGGGGUGAAACUUACACAAAUUCGGUGUUAAAUUCAAGCGAUGUGAAUAAAAAAUUUUUACACCAUCAAGCGUUUAAAUGUGUAAUUUAUGAUAUUUUUGCGUUACAAUAAUGAAUCAUAAAAAUAUUUAAAUAUUCAAAAUACUAUUUAAUAUCUAAAUAAAAUUAAAUGAGUGUGAAUGUCGCAGAUAUCAGACAAAUUUAAAAUUAUAAAUAAGUAGAGUAAAUAAUUUAAAAAAUAUUUAUAAAAAAUUUUCUUAUUGAUUUUAAAAUUUUUUACCCGCACAUUUUUUAAAAAUUUUCUUUUAUUAAUUAUUUACUCUAUUAAUAAUUUUAAAUUUGUCUGAUGUUAAAAUUAACCAGAAACUACAUUAAAAUUAAUGUAGUUUUUGAUUAUGUAGUCAAAAAUAUUCAAUGAUCGUUUGUUGAUGAUUAAUCAAAAUUGCGAGUAACACGGAAUGGUGUAAAAAAAGUAGAUUACACCGUGGAAAAAUUACAGAUGAAAAAUUUCACAUUACACUGCCGUAUAAAGUUCUCUGAGUUUAUUUUUACACAAAAAUUUUUUACAGUGUAAUAUUUAUUGGGAUAAAUUCGUUAGUAAUAUUUAAUUAUUAUUAAAAUGUAUUAUGAUUAUAAUAAUAUAAGAAUGAGAAAGUUGUUUAUAAACUAAGUACCUAAGUGUGUCUGUGAUUUUUGAUGCGUUAAAACUCGUGACCCAGAGUUUAAAGAUUUAGAGUAUUUAUUUAUAGUUUAAUUGAGUGGGUAAAUGGGGUUUAAUUGUACAUAGUCUUUUUUAAACUAUAAACUCUUAUAUAUAUAUUAUUUUAAAUAUUAAUAUUAUUAUGUAUGUACGUUUAAGAUUACCCACGUCCAAUAAUAAUGCAACAAAGAGGAGAGUUAUUGUAAAUAAUAUUUUUUUAAAUACAUUGUAACUCAUUUAAGUCAAGACUUGAGGAGAAAAAAAUAUAAAUAAAUGUUUUUGUACAUAAUUAUUAAAUAAAUAAGUCUUAUAUACUUUCAUAAAUAA